CGAGUUUAUGGCAUCUUCGUUCAGUACAAAAAUAGAUAAUCUGAGGAAGAGGAGUCGCGUUUUAUUGACCUGCCUCGAAGAGAAUGCAAAAGUUGUUCGUAAGGAGGUUAAGAAAUUCCGUCUUCAAAAUUCAUCAUCUGCACGUUGUUUAGAAAACCGUCAAUCAAUUCAUGGAAGAAAUUCUGACAUCUGGAAGUUACGAAACGACUCCAGUAGUGUUGGCGCCGCGCUGUGUCCUGACUACUUCCGGCUUUCACCAAAAUACGAAUUUCUCUCACAAUCCGCCCCGGACAUGAGCGCGCACAGAAGGGUGUUGAUAAACACUGAUGUUAGGCAGUCAAAUUCUCCACCACCUCGAAGCGGAGUCAAAGAAUGUUAUUGCUACUUUGCCAGCACAGAACUUCGAAACAGCAAUCGUAGAUCAGCCAGAACUAGACGAAACCUAAUUGCGAGUAAAAAUUACCAUGAAACAGAAUUGUUCGAUUGUGGCAAUUGCGGCGAUUCUUCGGUCCCUGAAACUGCUAGAUCGCAGGUGAAAAAAAGCGGCAUUGCGUGCAAAACUUUGGAUAAAGAUUUCACAGAUCCUGUUUAUUCACCACCUAUGAGUGACACAACAUUAAGACGAGCACAGAAGAUCGAUUAUACCCCAAGGUCAGAAUUUUUGAAAAAAGUUCGAAGUAAAGUGAAUUGCAACUUACUAACCAGCCCACCUGCGACGAAAAGUCCGGUUCGACUGACGUCAAGAUCAACAAGUCCGUCACCGAGGAGAUUUCGUCAUAGCGAUUCUGGUCGAACAUCUAGAGUUUCGCUGGAUUUAGGAAGAAAUUUACGACCAGCACAUUCCGAUCGGUUGACUGGAUCUCCAGUUAUUGGAAAUAUUUGUGAGAUAAAUCUGCAGCGCAAAAAUAAUGUUCCACGCAAACACAAUUGUCUCAAUGAAGAGGCUCUCCUGGGUAUGACGAAUAAAAUACCGAAGAAAACUACGCCACCCAAAAAAACUAUUACUUCGAAAAAGACGACGAUCGAUCAGCAAAAAUUCUCCGACUCUAAAAAUCAAAAAGGAUCAGAAUCUAAGGCUCGCACAUGCUGUAGUAAGCCAACUUUGAAAUCCCCGCCGCCUAUACUGGCAAAAAAAAAUGUCAGGACAACCGACAAAGAUGGCCACUCCUCUCCCAGGGCAAGGAUUGACAACCUGCUCGGUGAAGACCGAUGUCUGAAACGACCUACUUUAAGUAAUUACGGGAAAACUUGUCCCUGCUCUGAAUACCUACCAGGAAAAUUUUCAGAUGAAAUAUGCGAGGACGAGCCUCUGGCCGCCGACGUCAACGAGGCUCGAAAAUUCCGGGAGAAAAAUUACUUCGAUACACACGCAUCGAGUCCGUCUUUGCUCGAGUCUCGGUCGUCUGACUAUCUCCAACAAUAUUGUUUGAAUGAAAGACUUUUUCCGGAACCGAUGGGGAGGAUUCGUAGAGAGGAUCUGGUCGUUAGUAUCCCACCUUGCGCCACACUUCAGAACAAAUCAAUCCAUUAUUUUCCUAACAACAUCGUCAAGCAGGUGAAAAAUGUACCUGCCAUCGCUAAACAAUUUAAAAAACGACGUUAUCAUAACUGCCCUUUGAUUGGACACGCUGUGGAUCUUGGAGUCCUCAAAGUUUCGUACCCUCCGAAUAGUCUGGCUUUGAGACAUCAGAAAGGAGUUCCUGGAUGAUAUUUAUAAGUCUCAUUAGCCGGGAUAUGGAAACAUUCCGAGUUUCUUUCUCAGAGGCAAUAGAGCCUUGAAGUUAUUGUAACACCAAAACUAUCGACAAUUUUUUCGAAUCGCAAAUUCGUGUUAGAAGCAGUCAAAUUGCUACUGGCAAUAGUAGUGCUAGUGCUUAAAUCGAUAUUGACGUAACACAUUCAGGCAUUUACCUGAUUUAUAAUAGUACAAUUCGCAAUCAUUAUGUCAUUUUCAGGCAUUGAUUUUAUGCUUCAAAACUUGGUGAAAUUAGACUAAGAUGAUUCAUUCAUGUGAUCAUAUAUUGCUAACCAUCUAUUUAUUUUAUAUGAAUAUGUUUAACUAUUUUUACUCAUUAUUAACAAAGUACCGAAUUUUCCAGUAUUUCUACCACAUCUAUGUAUGGGCUGUACAGAUGUAUAAAUAAAUAUCUAUACUGAUAUAAAA